AACUUAUUCAUUCUCGUUUACGUCACUGCUCCACAACCUCGCGAUCGUCGAGACCUCACGAGACCUUUUCGGCUGUGGCCAUUUUCCCUUUAGCACCAUGGCACCUCGUAAAGGAAAGCAAAAGGAAGAACAGCCCGUUGUGGCUCUGGGACCACAAGCACUGGACGGCGAAAACGUGUUUGGUGUAGCGCACAUCUAUGCCAGCUUUAACGACACGUUCGUCCAUGUUACCGAUUUGUCUGGCAGGGAAACCAUUGCCCGUGUGACGGGAGGCAUGAAAGUGAAGGCAGAUCGUGAUGAAGCAUCCCCAUACGCUGCCAUGUUGGCUGCUCAGGAUGUGGCAGAGAAGUGCAAGGCGGUCGGCAUCACGGCGUUACACAUCAAGCUACGUGCCACAGGGGGUACCAGGACAAAGACACCUGGUCCAGGGGCGCAAUCGGCACUGAGGGCGCUCGCUCGAUCAGACAUGAAGAUUGGUCGUAUUGGUUACGCUUGUGUUGUAAACUGUGACACAACCGCUGAUACCAAGGAGGGUACCGCGCACAUAACAAGUGCAACAAAAGGAACUACACCAGAGGUUCCAACUGGAAAAGCUCAAAAAAGUACUUCGCCAGUAACUACAAUUACAAGCAGAAUCUCUAACAGUGUGGGCCAGACAAGCGAGGCUUCAUUGGAAACGACAACACCAGCUGCUGUUAAUGAUGUGGUGACACUGGGACAUUUACCUAUGGGGAAUACCGCAAAACAUACUACAUCCAAGCCAGAUCCGACAACAACAGCUGAUGAGAAUUCGGUUACAGAACCUGCAGGUACUAUCCCCGUAUCGAGCCCCGUACAGGUGUCAAGCCCCGCUACUCCAACGGAAUCCAAUACAGCUUCAUCAACAUCAACAUCAAGCUCAAAUUCUGCAUCGUCAACACCGCAUCCACACUCUACCAUCACUACUCCAUCACCUGAACAAAUCACGACCGUAAACACGAUGAGUACCAGCAUGGUUACGGCGGCCGAUGUGACGAAAGGGAACGAUGCGUCAACUACAGUUGAAAAUACGCACCCAGGUACCCUUACAACGGUGACCACAGUGUUGCCCGACACGACACCUGUCACCAAACCUUCUGGCUGUGGCAUACUGUCAUCCGAGGAGAGUCGAGAGAAGAGCUCAGCAUCGAAACACACCAUCAUAGCGAUGGGCGUUUGCAUUGGGAUUUUAGCCAUGGCCAUUGUGGUACUUGGUUUGUGGUUCUAUAACGUCAGGUGGAAGCUCCAUAGGAAAGAUGGCCCUCUCCUUCGAAUAAAUGACAGUCCGGUGACAUCCAGGUCGUACAGUUCAGUCGAGUACCUCAAUGAUGGGAUUGAAAAUGUUAAUAUGAGGGACAUCUGAUGAAUCUCGUGUCCACAUUGAAUAUUUAUCGCAGCCGCACACAGAAUACCGUUGAAUACUUACGGCAGCGGAAUAUUUAUGCCGUACACAGAUGUGGUGAUGCUUGGGCAUUUCUUUUUGCAUUUAUAUUUGUAGAAAAUAAGAUGAUGCUGUGAACUUCAAGUAAUGACUAAAUUCAAUGCAGCAAUAACCUUGUGCAUUCUCGAAGCCCAGCAAAAAUAGAUUCCGCAGUAUUUUGUACGUACGAUUUUCGAGACAGUAUAUAAGACGCACUUUUUAACGAUAACUGCAAGUAAUCCCCACAGUGCAAUCUCAUGUAGCAUGGAGGUUAUUAAAUGAUCUACAAACAAGCA